AUGGAUAAACAUGAUGGCGGCGGAGAUCAGCAUCAGCACAUAUCCCCUUCGAAUUCAAAAAGUUUCUGGCGGCCGGAGCAGAUGGUUACUUUGGAAGAAAUUAGACCGCCCUCGAAUGACUCCAAUGAUGGAGACGGAAGCCAAAAUGAUGAUGCUGGCUCUCAGUCGCUCAAUACAGAACAAGCGCUGCAGAAACUGAACCAGAUGCUGCGAAAGAACUCAGAAGACGUCAAUUAUUCGGGAAACAACGAAUAUCAGGUUAUUAAAUUUCAAGUAAAUCGACCGGAAUUUUCCUCUGGCCGCAUUUUCACCCCACAUUUCGACGAAAACGAACAAGAGCCAGAAGAAUCGCCGCCGGUCGAGAGUUCGAAAAAACAUGACCCCUCGGACGGGUCAAAUUCAAACUCCAACUCAACCGGCAGUGAUGACUCGCUCGGUAACGGCGAGUACAUCGAAACGAUCGAAAGGGACUCCGAAUUUUUCGAAGAAACAAAUGGAUCGGUCAAAAAUGAACCGGACCAGAAUUUGGACAAUCAAGGGUCUUCAUCAAGCUCCUCCUCCGGAAAAUUCAACGAUUGGGGUUCCAGCAGACAAGCAUAUCCAAAAAAUUUCAACCCUGCAACGGCUCAUUUUACCGAAGACGAAUUAAAACCGACGCCGAUUUCAAGAAAAGCGCAAAAGAAACUUGUGAAGCCGGAAGAUAAGGAUGAAAAAUACUGGCAAAAGAGGAAGAAAAAUAACGCGGCCGCGAAGCGAUCGAGAGAAGCGCGGAGAUCACGGGAGAAUCAGAUUGCGAUGAGGGCCGGGUUUCUCGAAGCGGAUAAUGCGGCGCUCAAGGAGGAGUUGUUGAAUGUCAAAGAAGAGCUGCAAACACUGAAAGAAAAGCUGCUGGUAGUGCAGAUGCGCGCAGCCACAGAAGGAAAACUACUGAACGACUAA